AAGUAGCUCGGCAGUAAGUUCUUGCCGUAUAGCUGCGGAUACCUAUUACACGACACUGGUACUUUGGCUGUACGCCUAGGAUCUAUCAGUUUCACCCAGCCUUUUAAAAGCACUUCGCUGUGACAACUGUGAAACCAGAGUUCUCGAGACGGUGGCUGCUUUCGCCAACCACCGGUACGGAGCGUAGACGAGCCUAAUAGCUAGGUUGACGAGCCGGAGUGAAAAAUGAUAGGGCUUACUACUUUUUUUCUGAAUUACGGAGGAGCUUGGUAUAAUGAGACAACUGUUGAGGGUUGGACUACUGGUACAAGACUCUCACUAUUGUACGGUAAAAAGCCUUUUGCGCUUUUACUGGAGGUUUUUAGGCUCAGAAUAAGGCCCUCGCCGAAGUGGCUGCCUAUGGGCAGAGCAGCCAAUUAUUUGUUUGCAAGAACUUUUUGAAAUCCAAAGUCACCUCUUAGAACUCGGCCCCUAUUGAUUGGCUCGUGCCCUGGAAUGGAAUAGGCGUAAUUCACCCAUUUAGGUUCAAUGUUCGCAACUUUGUGGUUUCAAUGCACGUUUAGUUCAAUCUUGGCUGUACCUGGUCGCUAACGACUAGCAGCACCCUAAACGGCCUCCUGCAGAAACCCCCUUCACCCAAAAUGGACUGCGACUCUAAAUACCUUGGCCAUGUACAAUCCGAUCUAUCAGCUGAGUUUCCGAAACCGUCAACUAGCCCAUGCCAUCCUUUUGGGUUGCAGCGAGAGUCUCAGUCUUUGUUGGAACCAUGCUCUGUGAGACUCUAAUGUUUCGGUAAUAUUAUCGUAGCCAUGUUUUCCGCUAGGUGCCUCACUAUAAAUU